CCAAUGUGAAAACCAUGACAUUGCUGUGGAUUUGGUUUUGUGCCUCUGCCGUCAGCUUGGUGUCAUCAAGAGUGACAUUUCAUGGACAUAAGGUGAUCCAGGUUCAGCUGGAGACAAAAGAACAUGUCGAGCUCAUCAAAAGUAUGGACAAGAUGUUUCAUCUAAAUUUUUGGACUCCGGAUUCAUCAUCAAGAUUAGCACCAAAUAUGACCACAGAUUUUCAUAUUCAUGCCAAGCACACUGACUCCGUCCUCCAGCUUCUGAAGAAAAACACCAUAAAAUUUGAGGUUUUAUUCCAUGACCUUCAAGCAGGGAUUGAAGCACAGCUUGACAGCCCUAGGCGCAAAAAGUCUAAGCACAAAUAUAUCAAGUACAAUGAUUGGAAUGCGAUUGCUGAUUGGAUGAGAGCGAUGUCUACUAAACAUUCAGAUCUUGUUAGUCAAAUGACAAUCGGGAAAACUUAUGAAGGCAAUCCAAUGUAUGUUCUUAAAGUUGGGCAGUCUAGCAAAGCAGGGCCGGCCAUCUUCAUGGACUGUGGCAUACAUGCCAGGGAAUGGAUCUCACCUGCAUUCUGUCAGUGGUUUGUGAGAGAGCUUGUUUCAGGAUAUGCCAAAGAUGAAGGAAUAAAGAAUAUGUUGACAAACUUAAACUUCUACAUUCUACCUGUAUUUAACAUAGAUGGAUACAUUUAUACCUGGACAACGGAUCGCAUGUGGAGAAAGAAUCGCUCACCAUCAUCAGAUGAAAUGUGUUAUGGCACAGAUCUAAACAGAAACUUUAACAUUUCAUGGUGUGACAUUGGAUCGUCGGAUGAUCCCUGUACUGAGAUCUACUGUGGAAAGUGUCCAGGGUCUGAGGUAGAAACAAAGAAUGUGGCCAACUUCAUCCUCAACAACUUGUCAUCCAUCAAAGCCUACAUCAGUAUUCAUUCAUACUCCCAGAUGUUAUUGUACCCUUACUCCUACACCUUUGAUCCAGCACCCAAUUCACAGGAGCUGGAUGAAAUAUCUGAAGGAGCUGUAUCAGCAUUAUCCAGCCUUUACAAGACUAAAUACGUCUAUGGAUCUUCUGCAUCCACCAUUUACCCCACCUCUGGAUCUUCUGAUGACUGGGCAUACGCACAAGGAAUUCGGUACUCCUUCACCUUUGAGCUACGGGAUAGAGGCAAACAUGGCUUCCUUCUUCCUGAGUCUCAGAUAAGAGCAACCUGUAAAGAAACGACACUGGCUGUCCAAUACAUCGCCAACUAUGUUCUUUCUCAUUCUUCCUAACAUGUUCUGUCACAUCUACUGUAAUCUUUAUAAAUCAUAACAGUAAAAGGAUUGUCUGCAUUA